GGGUCUUCAAAACUGGGCGGUCUGCCAUUGCACUCUGCUAUUGGCUGGCACUUCGCUCUACUUCUUCACGGUGCGGCAGUGGCAGCUGCUCGUGGGAGCGAAAAUGCAGUCGUUACAGCGAUAGUCGUGUCAUAAUUCUCCAUUCUGCAAACAUGUUGCAUUCCUGCAGGAGCUUAAACAUUAACUGGUAGCGGGUGACCAAGAAAUCCUCCUGUUUUGACAUUAUAAAAGGAGGACAGUUAACCGGGCGGGCUGGCUCCCCAAGCCCAGGCAGGACCUCAAGUCAACAUUCGCAUCACCAGAUUUAAGUUGGCCAAGCAAAGCGACGAAGGGCCGUCGAAAUGACAGAGAAGAGGAUCUCGAGGUGGUACUUCGGAGGGAUAGCUUCUUGCGGGGCGGCAUGUUGCACUCAUCCGCUCGACCUGCUCAAGGUGCACUUGCAGACGCAGCAGGAGGUGAAGAUGAGGAUGACUGGGAUGGCCCUUCACGUUGUUCGCAGCGACGGCUUUUUUGCCCUCUACAACGGGCUGAGCGCCUCCUUGUUCAGACAGAUGACCUACUCUCUGACUCGCUUUGCCAUUUAUGAGACUGUGAGGGACAAACUGGCCGGUCAAGGACCUCUUCCCUUCUACCAGAAAGUCUUACUUGGAGCCUUUGGAGGUUUCACUGGUGGCUUUAUAGGAACGCCAGCUGAUAUGGUCAAUGUUAGAAUGCAGAAUGAUAUGAAGCUUCCUGCUGAACUAAGAAGAAACUACGCUCACGCACUGGAUGGGAUGUUCAGGGUCUGGAGAGAAGAGGGAUUAAGGAAACUUUUUUCUGGAGCCACCAUGGCAUCUAGUCGAGGGGCUCUGGUCACAGUGGGGCAGCUGGCCUGCUACGACCAAGCUAAGCAGCUCGUUCUGAGCACGGGUUUCCUGUCGGAUAAUAUCUUCACCCACUUCCUUUCCAGUUUUAUUGCGGGUGGCUGUGCCACUUUCCUUUGCCAGCCUUUGGAUGUUUUGAAGACCAGGCUGAUGAACUCCAAAGGGGAAUACCGGGGUGUAAUACAUUGCAUAGUGGAGACAGGAAAACUGGGACCUUUGGCCUUUUAUAAGGGCUUUGUUCCUGCUGCAAUUCGACUUGUCCCACACACGAUCCUCACAUUUGUCUUUCUUGAACAACUUCGAAAGAACUUUGGGAUCAAAGUUAUAGCAUGAUGUUUUGGGGGAGGGGGACCCAGCAUGGAGAGUCGGCACUUCCCACCUUUCCAAUUUGUGGAGAGCAGCGACAGACGAAAAGAAACGGACGACGGAGUCAUGUCCUUUGUCAAUCAAGUUUGCAGCCUUUAAUUAUAAAAAUGAAAUACAAUUCCAGUGUACUUAGUUAGGGGAGUAAUUCUAAUUGAUAGUUUUAUGCUGAAUCUUAAUAUAUUGUAAUGAAAAGAUUUUGAUUUAUUGUCAUUUUGAUUUAACACACUAAAUGUGGUGUCUUUUUCAUUUAGGGAGACAAAAAAUAAGACGUUUUAGUUUAUAGCUUAGCAGUAUCACUCUUUCUUAAACAAACGAGCAGUUGAAUGAAUUUGUGUAAUGUGUGUCCUGAAUGAGGUCAUUUGUCACCACUGUAUCUCACUGCAGGCCACAAAGCAGUAAAGGGGCAUUUUAGUGGCAUUUUCAACUUUAAUUAGUCACAGUCACUUGUGUUAGUUUAAAUGGGGGCCCUUUGUCCACUUACACUAAGGACAGUUCUGGGUUGCCUCCAGAUGGAGACGGCUGGCUUUAUAUGGUUGUCUGGAAUCAUACAAACCUUGAAAGGGGCAUUAAUUCACCUGUUAUUUUUAUUUUUUAUUAUUUUUAUUUUUUACUUUUGGUGUUUUCCUUACUGGUCUGUAGACUCGAGACCCCACCAAGUAUGUGCACGUUUACACUGUUUUCUGUGAUUUGUACGUUUUCUUCUGUAGUAUGGCCAAUUAAAACAGAUCUUGAGGUUUUCUAGAGGAUGAAUUACUUGGGGAGUUGGUGCUUAGUAUAAAACUGGAAGUGGGCAACGAUGUAACCAGAAGUGCCUUAAAGCCAGGAGUGUUCAGUCUGAAUGCCCACUCUGGUGUCGCUUUACAUAAAGUGUAUAGAUAGAAAUGUGAAAAAUGUCAAACAUAAGACUGGCACUUAUUCAGAAACACUGAACUAGUAGAGACAGAGUCUUCUUAAUUCUACUGUAUUGUUUGUAACUGUGUAAUUUGUAUUAAUCAGGCUGCCAAGGUGUGGAUCACCAGUCUGGGGGGGUUUACCUAGUGUUUUUUUGGGCCGGUACAUCGACCUUAAUGGUUGAACGAGUGUUGCAUAUUCUACUUUUUUGUGUUUACAGGAGACAGCCAAUAUCUUUAAUAAAUACUGAGUGUGAGAUGAACUUUCUGGUGGAAUGGCAGGAGGUGCCAGUUCUGCCAGAGACCUUAAAGGUUAUGAUUAAAGGUACCCACUUUAUAAGAAGUAAAGGGUAUCAUUACAUCAGUCACCAUUGUUGAUGGUUUCUGAUUGAGGAAAAUUGUGACCGUUUUUGCUUUUCAAAUUCUCUUAAAAUAAUGUACUCUCGUUUUGUGAAGCUUCCUGCCAGUAUUGUAAACCCCUUCCUUUUGCCCGAAUGUAGGUGUCCGCUGAAUUACUCGGAUUUUUGGAUUGUCACUUGAGCUUACCUGUUUAGGAAUUGCACAAAGCUUAGAUGGGAGGUUGAUAUGCCCUCAACCCAAAAUUACACCAUUGUGGUGCGUACAAUUCGCCUGGCUGCUGCCGCCAUGAGAUCCUUCCAGAAGCUUUUGGUACAGAGCGGAAGGUCCAAGUCAGCCUGAAGGUCAGAAUCAAUCAAACCUUCAUUUUACUUGUGUGGCUCAGAAUCCUGCACCCUGCUACCCUCCAGUCGUUUCAUAUGUAGUCCCAGUGUAAGAUACUCCAUGUCAGCUUCUUCUUUUGGCUGCUCCCAUUUAGGGGUCGUCACAGUGAAUCAUCUGUCUCCGUCUGUCCCCUGUCUUUUAUCUCAUUUUCUGGCUCACCGACUGCCUUCAUGUCCUCCCUCGCCACAUCCAUAAACCUCCUCUUUGGCCUUCCUCUUUUCCUCUUGCCUGGCGGUUCCAUCCUCAACGUUCUCCGGUGUACCCAUCAUCUAUUCUUUACAUGUGCCCAAACCAUCUCAAUCUCAAUUUGUGACCACACUGUCAUACCUGUGUUGUCCCUCUGAUGUACUCAUUCCUAAUCCUGUCUACCCUUGUUAUUCCAAACGAAAAUCGUAGCAUCUUCAACUCUGCCACUUCCUGCUCUGCCUCCUGUCUUUUUGUCAUUCCCAACGUCUCCAAACCAUACAACACAGCUGGCGUCACUACCGUUUUUUAGACCUAUUACAAAUCACUCCUGCCACUCUUCUUCACCAGUCCUCCCUGCCUGCUCUCUCUUCGUCACUUCACUGCAUGUGUGGCCUUAUGAGGUCGCUGCCUCUACAGGGUUACCGUCCACUGUAGCCACUACUGACACCACCGCCACACUGUUUGGUUACGUUGGCUGACUGAGUAAUUCUACCCAAAGCCACGGAGCAUUAGUAUGCACAGUUGACCAGCAGGCAGAGAGAUGUGCACCAGAGGGCUGAAAAAGGCCUCCAGGCAACCCAAGGUGCACCAGGGAUCCAAGAAAUUGCAGAUCUGGAAUGGAGGCUUGCCUUUGGCACAAUCGGCCACCAAAGCUCAUGCAUUUUGAUCGAUUGUGGCCUUCAUAACAGAGCUAUGACAUAUGUAGGCCCCAAUUAAAAUACAGGGUGAGUCAAAAUUAUGUUAACAUUUGAAAGACAGAAACAAUUUAUUCACAAAACAUACUUCACAUGUGCAAGAUGAUUUACAGGAAUGUCUCGACCUGUUUGCCAUCACGUUCAACACACACAAACCAAUAAGCAACAGUACCAUUUAAAGCCCGGACACACAUUUCGUGGGGAAUAGAUGAUACCACAGUCUGUGUUCUGUCCUUCAGGUCAUUGAUAUCACAAACUUUGUGGCUAUCCACGCGUUCCUUCACCAUACCCCAUAACCAGAAAUCACAGAGUGUCAAAUCAGGGGAGUGUGGAGGCCAUGGCAAUGGUCCACUAUGACCUAUCCAUCGACCUGGAAAGGUGUGGCCGAGAUAAAAAGAAUCCAUUCAUGUUAACAUAAUUUUGACUCACCCUGCAUAUCACAUUCCUGCUGGGUUACAAAAAUAAGAGAAAUUCACUAAGGAGGCCUUUAGACUGCACACGGCUGGCUGGUCAGGUCACUACGUCACAAAAGAGACGCAGCAGCUGUCCAUGCAAGGAUUGAAGGGCAAGUCUUACUCUGACCGCUUAAGGGAGUUUGACCGUCUGCAUGGCGACCUCAAGUAGGCAUUCAUAAAGCUGAGCCAGGGAUUCCUUUCAGUUCAAACAGUGAAUCACUCACUUGGGGACAUCUAAUAAGAGAUUAAGGAGAAGGGUUUAGGGGUAUUUAGUAUUUUAAAAUGGAGAACCAGGGAGCACUUCUUCAUGUGGAAACCUGGACAACUUUUUAAACGUAUCUGGCUGAGAUAGUUAGACAGAUGGAGGAGCGUAAGGCGCUGAACGCUCUCCUCUCUUUUUUUUUUUUUUUUUUCGUCUGACAUCUUGUGGUCUUUGCUCCAUUUAUUGGCUUCUUCUAAACUUGGCAAGAUGAAAACGUAGCAGGCUCUCCAUCAUCUUUGCACUGCCAGAUUGAAAGCAGAGCGCCACUACUAAAUGGUUGGGUCCAAUGUGUUGUCGGAUUGUUAAUACUUCAUAUUGAAAUGCGAGAUGCCUUUGUUACAUCCAGAGCUGUGCAGCGACAGACAUAACACAAGCGAACUAGAGCCCAAGUGGCGUGGCAUCGUGUUUGUGCCAAGGAACAGCAGACCAGAAAACCAGGAGAGUCCGUCCAUUCAUUUUCUAAACUUUCUCAUUCCCUUCUCGGUCCUUUUACACAUUUUAAUUGUUGAUGUCAUCCCUCAGAAUCUUUUUUUUUUUUUUUAAGUCAUUAUUCACUCUGCCAGCGCAGAGUAAACUUAGCCCAGCAAAUGUGAAUUUAAACGCUCCCCUUCAUUUGCACUCACGUGUUCCGUUAAGGAUCGUGCGGUAAAAACGAGAUCAGAUGUGUCUUGGCUCUAUCCACCAAAUGAAUCAGAAGGAAUUGGGCUCCUUACCAGCUCUUUGAAAACUCACAUCCAUGCAUUUCCAGUUUUCAAUUUAAUCUGGCAGACCAGUGGGCCACGUGCCGUCAUCGGGAGCCACGAUGGUUUCCUUAUUCCAGCUGUGUCCCGACUUGGCGUCUGUUUCCUUUCUGCUGUAAGCCAAAGUUAACAGAAUCCGCUUCUUCCAUAACGGCCAGAUUUUUGAGUUUAAUGAGCUCCGAUUGUCACUUAAAUUCCGACCCACUUCAACGGUUACUUCUUGUGCUUGUUAUUGACAUCGCAUCCCGGCCUUGCUUUUCCUUGGUCUCCCAUCUGUCCCCUCUUUCAUUAACUUUUUUUUUGUUCAUCUAUGGACAGACAAUUCACAGCAUGAUGAUUCCAAAAGGAAGAAGACCUGAUGAAUGUCAUGCCCCCUCUAUAAAGAGAGAAUGUUUUUUAGCAGAUGUCCGGCACUUGUCCCUGGAGCUAAGACCUGAUAUACCUUAGAAGUUUUGAUGACACUGAACUGCUAUCCUACGCCCCCCUGCGGUAUCUUGGCUCGUCCACCAGUUUACUGUAUUUGCAGAGCAGGGUUUGAUAAUAGUGUGAUACGAUGCCCCUCACUGUACACCGACAACGUUUGAUGGCCCACUUCACCCAGGGUGCUGCCAUCACAAGGCGCUGCGGCUUCCAUUAUGAUGCACAUUUAACCAUAAAAGUGAUAACCGCUUCACUCGCAAACCUGAAAACUCCUUCCUGGGGGGCUUGAUUUGGAAUGAGUGCAGAUUUGGUGGUUUUUUAAAAGUUUUGCACAGCACAGAAAAUGAAUUUUGAAGACUGACAGUAUUUCUGCUUUUCUUUGUACAGUAUGCACACUUACGCCAUGUUAGCUAACAGGAUUUCUGCGGAUUACCUUAGGAUCGUUGCUUCCAUGAAUUCUGGACGUUUACGGUACGAGACCCCUCGGAAGGUUCUUUUCUCUCAGCUUUUUGAGGUAACGUCAUGGAGAAGUGAUGAAGGCAAGUGCCUUUUGGUUUACGUGUGCCAUAAUGAUUGUUCCUGCCAUCAUAUUUACCUAUGAAUUUAUAAUUCGUUGUAUUUCAAUGGACAUAAUUGCUUUUUAGCUCGCCGGUGGUUUAAAUUAUUUUCUCAUUAUCCUCAUCCUCACCCCUUUUCCUGGCCAUUUUCCCCAAUUUUCCCAGUGUUAUAGUCCAGGUGUAUUGUGGAGAGGACCAGGACGUCUCGCCCUGUUCUGUGAAUGGAGCAGCUUCUGAAUUCUGUCCGGCUCAUUUCCGUGUUUCUAAUAUCCGGUUGAGCUUCCUCCCACCCCCAGCAUGCCUGAACUGUUGCAGACGUUACACCCAAACCUUUUUUCCUCCACUCUUCAUGGUCCUGGACAUCCUUUAGUUGUUAGUUCCAUUCUUUUCUUAUCAUCUGGUACCACCUCCAUCGGCGUCUCCUUUGGUUCUCCGAUAGGCCUCGUCCACCUCCAUCUUGGUGCAACUCUUUGGCUAAUCAGUCCACUUGGUCUGUUUCUCCUUUAACCUCCGCACCACGUCUCUCUCUUGUCUCGCUUACUGUUCUUCAUCCAUCAUCCUUAACAAGGAACUCUCUCUUAGGGGGUCUUCACCCCCUGCCUUCAGCCCUUCCAGUAAAUCAGAGCCUGUGUUAGGCCAUUCAGAUCCUAAAGCAAUGUUGUAUUCUCUAUUCUAUUCCUGGCAUAGUUUUACCCGUUCAAAUUUUGGAUAUAAAUGUCUGACGCCGUUCUUGUGGCUUUUUAUAAAAUGUGAUGCAUAUUUUUCUAUCGGCUGUAUGGUUGUGUUUUGUCUGACGAGGAACUAGUUUGAGUUUUACAGACUCGAUGUAACACAGUGUUUGACGGUUUAUGGUUUUAUUUCAUCAAAAUGAAAGAAUGUUGGCUCGUAUGGGAGGUAAAGUAAUACCAAGGGAGUGAGUGAGUGCCUGUGGACUUAUGGCUGUCACGGAGCACUCAUUACCUGCAUCUGAAAGGCUGACUUUUAUUCCAGUAAUCUCGUGUUCUUUACGUGAUCAUUCGGUAUGCAGCUCUAGUACAGCAGCCAGAUGGCUUAUCUUUCUCUGGGCCUUGAUGUUUCAUUAGAUUACAUUAAAUGGACUUUAUUAUUCCUGCAAGGUAAUUCAAAUAUGGGUGUAAGCCAAAAAAAAUAAACCACUUCAAAUGAUUGAGAUGUGCAAUCAAAACGUUGAGCACAGACGAUGAGUUCAUUGACAUGCACAUGCAGAACUGGGAUAAGGUUAGUAACCCGGUUAAGGCAGAAACCUGGUGUCUUAAACACCCCUAUUUACACACGCAAGUCCAAUUAUGGGAAAGCACUCUAAAAGAAAAAAAUUAAUUAGACAACAUCAAUGGCUGCCAUGAACCCGAAACCAAGCAUGGGGGCCUGUGUCUCCCAAGAUUGUGCUGCUAAACUUAACACUGUACGAUCAGGUCAUCAACAUACAUUUAUCAAUUUCUGAAAUGUGGUGGGAGAUGGAAUAAUGUGAUCACCUGAGUAUUUGCCUCAGGAAAUGUAUCCACCGUUUUGCAUCUGGGGCUGCAGGAUGCGUGUGCAAAGCAAAGAUGUACUCAGUUUAAUGGAGUGCAACGGACAUGCACUGUAAUAAAGCACGCAACAAAUCGAAAAGAGUUGGGGAUCCACCCGGUAUAUUGUGCAGUAUGAAAGAGUAGUCUAUAGAGACUGAUCUCUAUAUAAUGUUCCUGGAUCUCUAAAACUGGGACUGAUGGCAAGUGACCACAGCGCCGGCUUUUAUAGCAGAGGAAGAGGAAGGACAUGUUUGUAGGAAGGAAGUGGUGUGAGGUCAUCUGAAAGUGCCCGUAGUGAUGUCAUCAGCGGUUUAUGUGGUCUUUUCUUCCUGAGUUUUGUAUAGAGAGAGGAGAAAAAGCAUUAAUACUCAACGGCAACCCCUGGUCUUGCAUCUCAGUGCCCAGGUUUGAGCCAUCUGCGACAGCACGGAAUGCAAAAUUUCUUAACUGCAACCCAGUUAAGGGAUUACACGGCCGCAUAACCGGGUUACUCGCCGAAAACUCUACGUGUGUUAAACCGGUUUCUCAGAGCCUCAUAUCCUGGUGACUGUAACCGGAAUAAAGGGUAUACAUGGCGUGAUUGAAACUGCGUUUCUGUGAAUAACCGGGUUAUUAAAACGCAUGGAAACGGGCUAAAUUUAAUCCUUGAGCCCACGUGUGUCGUGUGACUUGAAGUUCUACUCCUUUUUGCUUUGUUAAGCCGUUGUGAGGUGUGCUAAGUAAAAUGUACAAUAAAAAUAAAAGAUUGGUCAUAAUGAGCGGAAAUUAACCAGAUGAAACUCUCGAAUCGUUGAAAAACGUUACUGAUGACUGAGUUGAAAAGGUGGUUUCUUAAAUAACAAUAAAAAGAAGUUUGUAGCAUACAAGAAAAAUUCAGUGGGUCAUUAAAUCGUCUUUUGAUAAUGGAUUUAGUUUAACCCAUGGACUUGCACCUUCUGCAGGACACCAUCUUGUUUCUCCUAUUGCUUAUUUUAUAGAGGGUGAGUCAAAAUGAAGUACCACAUUUCUCGAGGUCAUUGCGCGAGGUACAGGCAGCCAAGUGGGUUGGGGUGGGGGUCCUUUGAUAGGAAAUCCCGUGUAGUUUUCAGUCGGCAACCGUGCUUCUGCUGUCGAUGCAUUCUUCAAAAACAAUGAAUCAUCACUACACAACGCGCCUUCUAAUAAUGGUGACAUCCCAAAUUGGAAUGCAGCGACGAGGCCCAUUUCCAUUUGAAUAGUUGCAUAAAUAAGCAAAACUUUCGCUAUUGGGUUUAAACAAACCCUGAUGAACUUCAUCAGAGACCCCUGCACAAUGAGCGUCUUAUAGUUUGAUGCACCAUUGCAUAAUUUGGUGUUUUAGGCCCUAAGUUGUUUGAGGAGAGGGGAGCAACGAUCACCAUCACUUCAGAACGUUACAUGGAAAUGCUGGAGAACUUUUUGGGGCCCAGCUGGAAGAAAUGGAUGGGGUGGAUGCCUGGUUUCAACAGGAUGGAGCGACAGCUCAUACGGUGCGGAGAUCCAAGCAAGUUUUGCAGGGUAUGUUUCCGGGGAAGCUGAUCUCCCUGCACAGCGAUGUUGGUGGCCUUCACGCUCACCUGGUCUUGCUCUGUGCGAUUUCUAUCUCAAGUUAAAGGUAUACACACACACUGACCUCAACACCUUGAAGCUCUUAAGGCUGCUAUUCGCCACAAAAUCAACAACAACAUUUAUUUAUAUAGCACAUUUUCAUACAAAAAAAUGUAGCUCAAAGUGCAAAUCACCGCUAUUCCCCUUGAAAUGGCCGAAAGAGUCAUACGAGCGUUCAGAAAUCAUCUUGAAGAGUGUAUCUCUAACGAUGGCCACCAUCUUGACGACAUAAUUUUUAAAACACAGUGAAAAAAAUCUAUUUUGUAUCCCCUUUCUUGUGUCGUAAUGUAAUUUAUUUUAUCUUGUAGCAUUUUUGUAGAAUAAACGUUUGAAAUGUGAUACUUCCUUUUUGCUCACCCUGUAUGUAUUUGCCAUCUUUCCGAUACCAGCUGUCCUCUUUCCAUUGACAGAUUUGACUUUUUUUUGCUCGUAGGUUUAUUUUAUUUCAAGUGUGAUGUCAGUUUUAAAAGCUGGUGAUUAUUCUCCUUGAUGAGAACUCUUUCUUGAACUGCAUAGAGUGAUCAGAAGACAUUUUGGGUUUGCAUUAAGACCAGAAGGUGAAAUUUAACAAUAAUAACAGGCCAAGAUCCAAAGUCAAAUACACCAAAUAACCAAGCCAAAACACCAAACCAAAAUCAUCAUCAAAAGCAGGAAGCACAGUAAUCUUUAGUUACUGUGAAGCUGAAGCUAAUUUCACGAAAAGCACAGUAAUCUUUUACCAAGUAGCUAAGGCAACGAAACACGCCAUCUUUUUGUGGACUCCGUAAUCUCGGACAACCAGAAAAUUCACAAUGCUACCUUUUACACCAUUGUGAUGGAAGCGUCACAGACUUCUGGUCAUCUCACAUUUCAGCACUAACUGGAAAACAAAAUGGUGUCUGAAAAGAUGCAAUUUAUUUUUAACUUCUUUAAAACGUGGUUGAAAUCAGAAAAAAAGUGCUAACUAAAUAAGGAAAAAGUUUCAUGAAAAAGAUAGGAAUUUUGUGGAAAAAAUGUUGAAAUCGAACCAGAUCAUCCCAUUUAUGGGAACUGGUCAACCAAAACCGCAUCAAAGGCCAGCAGGAGGCUCACAGAGCACUUUCCGUAGUCCCGUCUGUCAUUCAGCAUAUUGUUCAGUUAUCUUGUGCUGGUUUGUUUCUUUGUGAUGGUACUUACUGUGAAAGGCGCUAUAAAUGAUUGGCGCAGAUGAUUAACAGCAGCGCCCUUCAGUGGGCUGUCUGAUUACGGCUCAUUAAAAUCCAGUGAUGUUCCUCUUGUCCAAAGAUCUAAAACUUAACGUUAAGUGGAAAAUAUUGUUUCUGUGUGACGCCUGUGAGUCGAAAAAAAAAAAAAUGACAUCCUUGGCGUUUUUGUUCAUCAUCGUUUUAACUUUGAAUUUUAUUGCAGCAAUUAUCUGAUGAAUCAUUCCAAGCUUUGAUCCAUAAUGAGACAUCAUGUGUGCUUUAGUCACUCCUGGUUUGACUCCUCAGAGCAUUCCAGACUUUUUACUUUUAAUAUUUUUGUGCAGUUUCUUCUUAUAAUGUUAGCCUAAAAAAUGAUAAUAAAGUGUCAUUAAUUUGC